GCGAAUCAUAUCAAUUUAUGUCAUUUAAACUAACUCGUUCUUGUUAGACAAUCAAACUCUUCCAUGAUAGAAAAUAAUGCUUAUCAAAACAUGGUGACUACAACCGUUGCUUCUUCUGCUUCUGCAUUUGUACCUGUUCUCAACAACGAAGACAGAGACAUAUAUCAACCCAAGCGUACUUCUGGCGGUAACAACUUUUAUCAAAAAGAAAACGUAAUGGACUCUAAUUCUCGCUGUUACAUGACUACUACUUCUACACCUUCAAAUUCCUCCUCGCCCACUCAGACUUAUCGCCCACAAACUGACCGUAUGAUACCCUCAUUUAUUGAGAUCCCCCCUCAAAAAGAGAACAGCAAUACUUAUUAUAAUCGCUACUCACCUUCGCUUCCCUCUCCUUCUAGUUUAAUAUGGUCCAAUUCUCAACAUCAAAACGAAGUCUCUAAACCUUUUAUCUCAGAAAAUACUACCACUACACCCAACACAAACACAUCGUAUUUUGGAUACAACUCACCCUCCUACUUGAAACAAAUGAACGGUACCACAUCGCCUACUGAAAACGAUUACACUAACUCACAAUACCAUGACAAGAACAAAGCCAACUUUUAUACCCCCUAUAGAACUUCUUAUCAAACACAGCAAGCACAGAAUAACAAUAUUCCAUUUUCUUCAGCACAUGUGAUGUAUCCUGAUCAACAAUUUAAAUAACCUUUUCUUUAUUUCUUCUAUGAAUAUGUUCUAUUUCUUUUUCUCCCCCUUUCAAAUUAACACAAAAAAAAGGACAUUUUAUUAUGUAUAUAUGAUGCGCUUACAACGAGAUAAUUUUACUCCGUUUACUAUAAAUAAUAAAUCUUUUUUCUAACACGAUCCUCUCUUUUCCU